ACUGCUACAGUCUCUCUCUCUGAGUGUGUGUAGUGGGGAGAGUGUGUGUAUGGUGUGGCAGUGGCUGGUACUCAGUGGCGGGUACUCAGUGGCUGGUUGGUUGGCGGGUUGGGAUAAUGUACGGGGAUGGAGAGGGCAGCGUGUGGGAGCGCGUGGGGCGGCCCCGGCGGGACUGCAUGUGUUACCUGGGACCCCCGACCACCCUCGUGCCCAUCGGUAUGCGGAAGUCUCCUGACGUCAGCCCGAGACGGCUGUCCGACAUCAGCCCCCAGCUCCGGCAGCUGAAGUACCUGGUAGUGGACGAGUCCAUCAAGGAGGACCUGAAGUCGUCCCGCUCUGUGGAGGACAUCAACAGCGCGUCUAUUGAGGAGAGGAUCCUGAGAAUAACCGGUUAUUAUGGGUACCAGCCCUGGAAAUCCGUCUACAACAGAGAGGACCGACCACGGGAGAACGUGGCAGGCGCAGCGGACGGACAGCCGGCUGGAGGCGGAGCAGGGGCGGAGUCUGGAGCUGGGAAGCGGAAACUGCAGUGCUGCGUUCGAGUGACGGCGGUGCAGGUGCGCAAGGCGCUGUGGGGAGUGGCCAUGGUCAUGUGCGUGUGUUCAUCGUGGGCCGGCUCCACCCAGCUGGCCAAACUCACCUUCCGGCAGUUCGACGCCCCCUUCACCCUCACCUGGUUCGCCACCACCUGGAACUGCCUGUUCUUCCCACUCUACUACAUCGGACACAUGUGCAAGAGCCCGGAGAGGCAGACACCCAGGCAGAGGUUCAGAGAAUGCUGUCGGUUCUUCGGGGAGGACGGACUGACGGCGAAGGUGUUCUUCACUAAAGUGGCUCCAUUCGGUCUGCUGUGGAUUAUAACCAACUACCUGUACCUGCAGGCCCUGCGUAAAAUCAACACCACCGACGUCUCCGCUCUGUUCUGCUGCAACAAAGCCUUCGUCUUCCUGCUCUCCUGGAUCGUGCUCAGAGACCGCUUCAUGGGGGUCCGGAUUGUUGCUGCCAUUUUGGCCAUUGCUGGGAUUGUAAUGAUGACAUACGCUGAUGGAUUUCACAGCCAUUCAGUCAUUGGCAUCACCCUAGUUGUGGCCUCUGCUUCUGCAUCUGCUCUAUACAAGGUGCUCUUUAAGCUGGUGCUGGGCAGUGCUAAGUUCGGGGAGGCUGCUCUAUUCCUCACUAUCGUGGGCGGCGCCAACUUCAUCUUCAUCAGCUUCGUACCGGUGAUCCUGUACUUCACCCGGGUCGAGUACUUCGGCUCUCCCGCCAACAUUCCCUGGGCCUAUCUCUGUGGAGUAGCAGCACUCUUACUCGCGUUCAACAUCCUGGUGAAUUUUGGGAUUGCUAUAACAUAUCCAACACUGAUUUCACUGGGAAUCGUCCUGAGUGUUCCUGUUAAUGCAAUGGUAGACCUGUACACCUGUGAGAUCCACUUCAACACGGUGAGGCUCAUCGCCGUCUUCAUCAUCUGCCUGGGCUUCCUGAUGCUGCUGCUGCCGGAGGACUGGGACCAGUGCCUGAUCCAGCUCAGCACCAAGUUACGCAAGCGCGAGCAGCACGCCGAGCCGGCCGAGUCCGGAACCGGAACCGGAUCCAGCCUGAACUGGAGCCGCAGAACCCGGACGUCCAUGUCCACAUUCACCCACUGACUUACAUAUACACACACACAUAUAUAAACACAAUAAACACAACAUAAACCACGCCCCUUUACGCUAACGAGGCUAAACGUACCCGGAAGGAGGCGGGUCCACUUGACACCACGAUUCUGAUCAUGCUUAUUGGCUCAAAAUGGAUCGGUUUGGUUUGAGAAGGUUCCAUAGACACGGCUUUAUCAACUGUAUCAUACAUAGGUGGUUCUGGGCUAAAUAUAACCCAGUUUAGACACUUAACAGGCCAGUCUGUCACAUUGACUGGGUCAUAUUUAGCCCAGAAUCAACUAUCUUCAUCUGCUUAGUAUUUUUCCCCCCAAUAACCAGAUUAUUUUGGGCUAAAUGUGCAGUUUUGUUAGUGUCAACUGUAAUGUGGGCCAAAACUGGCCCAUAAAUGCCUCAACUAGCCCAAUGUAGCCCAAAGCAUUUCCCAUUAACAAAAGUGGUCCAUAAAAGCCUUAAGUGGGUCAUAUGUAGCCCAGAUAGCAAAUGAUUCUGGGAUAAAUCUGCAGUUUUGUCAGUGUCAACUGUAAUGUGGGCCAAAUCUGGCCUAUAAAGCCAUAACCAGGUCAGAUUUAUCCCAGAAUUGAUACUGAUACUGAUCCCUGAUAGCAGUCAAUUCUGGGCUAAGAAUAACACAUGUGGUUCAUAAAUGCAUUAAGUGGCUCAUAUGUAGCCCGGAUAGCAAAUGAUUCUGGGCAAAUGUGCAGUUUUGUCAGUAUCAAGUGUAAUGUGGACUAAAACUGGCUCAUAUGCCAUAACUAGGUCAUAUUUAACCCAGAAUUGACAUUGAUACUGAUCCCCGAUAUGUAGCCCAGCCCAUAUGUAACAGCUGAUCCUGGGCUAAAUUUGACCCAAGACAAUUCCCUUUAAAAUUGCAUUAACUGGGUCAUAUUUAACACAGAAGUUACUGUUUUGACAUCCUCACUAUCCCCAGCUAUAGAUAACCCCAGGUCAAAUAUGAGUCAGGCAUUUAUGGGCCAGUUUUGGUCAUAGGUGUAAUGUGGGCUAAACACUUUCCAAUUCCAUUGGCCUAUAAAAGCCUUAACUGGAUCAUAUGUAGCCCAGAUAGCCAAUGAUUCCAGGCUAAAUGUGACCCAGUUAAGACAGACUGGCCAUCUUUGUUAAUUGUAGUGCAUUGUAGGAUAAAACACUUUCCAUUUCCAUAGCCUCAUAAAAGCCUUAACUAGGUCAUAUGUAGCCCAGAUAGCAAAUGGUCUAAAUCUUACCCAGUUGAGUCAUAGACUUUGACAUCCUUAUUAUUCCUAGCUAUAGAUAAUUCCGGGCCAAAUAUGAGUCAUUUAUAAACCAGUAUUGUAUUGUGGGCCAAAACAUUUCCCAAUAACACUUCUUAUUAACUGGCUAUAUGUGUUUAAACUAGGUCAUAUUUAGCCCAGAAUUGACUGUGUUUACUUGCUUAUUGUUCCCUGAUAGCAGGUGAUUGUGGGCUAAAUCUGACCCAGUUAAGGUACUUAUUGGCCAGUGUGGGCCGAGACAAUUCCCUUUAACAAAAUUGCCUUAACUUGGUCAUAUUUAACACAGCACUGAGUGCUCUGACAUCUUUAUUAUUCCCAAUUAUAGAUAAUUCCAGACCGAAUAUGAGUCAGUUCAGGCAUUUAUGGCCCAUAAUUAAACCAUAUUUAAACCAUAUUGAACCUCCCACGUUAUUACACUAAGAAACUUACAGGACUAGUGAAAAGUUUGGGCACACCUUAUAUUCAGUGUUUUUGAUUUUUUUCAUUAUUUAAAAAUGUUCUAUAUUGUAGAUUAAUACUAAACUCAUCCAAACUAUGAAGAAAAACAUAUGCAAUUAUUAAGUGAACAAAAAAAACAGAAUAUGUUUCUAUUUUAUAUUUUCUUCAAAGACAGCCUGAGUUAAGAGGUAGAGUCACCUGAAAUUCAGGCUUUCAGUUAACAGCUGUGCUAAAACUCAUCAAGUUAAUUACUUGAAUUUCUUGCCUCUUAAUGUGUCAGUCAAUCCGAAAAAGAAGAAUUUUAAGAAUUUCAAAAGUAUCCUCAAGUGCAGUCACAGCAAAGACCAUCAAAAACAUUACAAUGAUGAAACUGGCACUAAUCAGGACUGCGCCGGGAGAGGAAGAGCAAGAGUUUCCUCUGUUACACAGGAUAAUUUUAUCAGGCAUCCCAGAUAAAAGCCACCAAAAUCCUUCACAUAGAGUGUUCUGGUUUGUUUUACACUUUUAAGUUUAAGUUCAUUUUUUUUUAACAUUUUUUAUUUACAAUGUAGGAAAAAGAGAAAAAAAGAAAGGAAAACAUUGACUAAAAAAAAGAUAUGUCCAAACUUUUAUCAACUUUUAACAUCUAGGGUUGAGCCACUCAUGCCACCAACUUUUGAAGCGUCUGAACUGGUCUGAUUGUUCAUGUUCACACUGCUGGCACUUCCCCUGCCAAUGAAGCGUGGCAGGUUGAUGACUGACUAAUGCUAUGCUACGCUAAGCUAUGCUACGCUACGCAUGCACCAACACUAACCUUUGGAGCACCUUUGCCUGGAGCACUAACAACAAACAGGACCUUUAACCAGUGCCAACUUCAAGUGACGGAUGCGUCUUUGUCUUUGCAUUUGAGCCAGAAGACUUUGGCCUAACGAUAUUUUUUUCCUCUAUGUGACUUGUGUGACUUGACACGACUUCUGAACUCACCUCGAUUGAUCGUGGUCCGGGAUCUUCGCUCGAGGAAUUGGCAAAUCCAGGCUGUUUACAUCGAGUCCAGUCAAGUCUGCGUAACUUAAAAAAAAAACUAUGUAACUACUGAAACUACGUAACGUUGCUCAAGUAUGUAUUUACCACUGUGAGGCUACUUCAGGGUCAGGUGGCGCUGCCACAAUGAAACCGGGCAUUGCCAGAGAUUUGUUUAAACACACACACAUUCAAACAAACAAUCGUCCAGAAGACGUCCCCAAAAAAACGUUGGACAAUUUUCCGCCUUGUGAAUGUAUGACCAUUUCUGCAACACGCACCUGAAAUACACGCCAUGUGCUUUUUCAAUGUAUGGAGUCGGUGGCCAUCUCCAGGUCACAAAGCUUUUAUUGCACUCAUCAACACUUCUAGAUACACCAACAUUGUAACUUUAUGACAAUCUCUUUUGUUUUUACACCCAUUAUCCCGUUAUUUUAUCAGAUGAUCAACUUGUAUAAUAGUUAUAACUGUAGUUUUGUAUCUAUUUCUCUGUAUACUAUAUUAUUAUCCUCCUUUCACCUUGUUUUUUAAUGCUCAGGACUCCACAGGAGAGAAAACCACCACAAAGCAACUAUAAUUAUAUGGGUUAAUGAUCUCAAGGUAGCUGGGAGCACAGUCACCACCAAGAAAACAGUAAUACAACUAACAUAAUACAGUUGCAAGGUUUGGGAUUACUUGAAUUUCUGCAUAAAUUGGUCACUAAAUGUGUUCUGAUCUUUAUCUAAGUCACAACAAUAAACAAACACAGUCUGCUUAAACUAAUACCACACAAAAAAUGAUAUGUUUGCAUGUUUUUUUUAUCAAACACAACAUUCACAGUGAGGGAGGAAAAAGUAUGUGAACCCCUGGGAUAAUGACUUUUCUAGGAGCUAAUUGGAGCAGGUUAAAGCUGUUUUGAAUUUGCUGUUCUUAAGAAUGCCUCACACAAAAGAAAAGAGCUCUUAGAAGACCUACGUUCAAGAAUUGUUGACUUGCGUGAAGCUAGAAAAGGGUUACAAAAGUAUCUUUAAAAAAAUCCUUGAUGUUCAUCCACGUGUCCACAGUAAGACAGACGCUCUACAAAUGGAGAAAGUUCAGCUACUCAAGUUUCUACUCUCCCUAGACGUGGUAAAGUCCUGUAAAGAUGACUGUAAGAGCACAGCACAGAAUGAUCAAUGAGGUGAGGAAGAAUCCUAGAGUUUCAGCUGAAGGCUAAAAGGAAAUCUCAGAGCGCCAACCAGUUAUUAAAUCCAAAGGUUCACAUACAUUUUCCUCCUCACUGUGAAUGUUGUGUUUACUAAAACCAAGCAAACUUUGCAUGCUAAUUUUUGUGUGGUAUUAGUUUAAGCAGACUGUGUUUGUCUAUUGUUGCGACUUCAGAACUUCUGAAGAUCAGAACACAUUUUAUGACCAAUUAAUGCAGAAAUCCAAGUAAUCCCAAAGGGUUCGCAUUUCACUUUUUUUGGUGGUGACUGUGCUCCCAGCUCCCAGCUACCUUGAGAUCAUUAAUGAACAUGCACAUAGUAAUAGCUGCUCUGUGGUAUAGUUUUUUUUAUAGUUUUCGCUCCUGUGGGGUUCUGAGCACAGAAUAACAGGUAUAGAACAGGAGGAUAAUAGUAAAGUAUGCAGAGAAUCAGAUACAGUGCUGGAACUACAUUCUAUAAUCAUUAUAUUAUAGAAAUAUAAAGUGUUCUAUACAAAUAAAAAACGGGAUAAUGGGUGUCGAAACAAGGAGGUUGCCAUAAUGUUAUGCUGUCAUGAACGGUGUAUGUCCAAAAUAUGACUUCAGUGCAUCGUAUAUAUUUUUUGAUUGUUUUAAAGUUUGUUUUUUAUAUUUGAGUAUUUCUGCAUCUUUAAAGGACUAUUGAGUUAAAGGCCGGGUGGUGAGUCGGCGUGAAAACUGCAUGCAGAAGCUAGCGGCUAGGCUAGCCGUCGGCAUCACCGCUUUUUCCUUUACUACGCAAUAGAGAAAUCAUCAGCACUGUCUCCCAUUGUCAUUGGAACAAUGACAAUAACUAUAUACAUAUAUUUAUUAAUAUUCCUCUGGAAUUAUUGCUAGAAAUUAUUGUAAACCUUUGUAAGGAAUACGUUUUUACACUGAAAUGCAAGAAAUGAUUAUCACAUUUGAGAAAAAUGGGAAAAAAGAGAAUAAACGAUAACUUCAUUUA